GACAAUUAUUAUCUUCCUUUUGGAGUGAGGUCUUGGUUGGUAUGGUCUAAAAUAAUGUACACAGGCCGGCUGUAUAUCGCCAUAAUGAGUCAUCUGGCAGUGUUGUGCACCUUGCUGCUCAAUUAUUGAUUGUGGACACAACACCAAUAACAAAUCUUCAUCAGUACUGUGAGUACAUUAUGCUGAACACAUCAGGUAACAAUGGUACGUACAUUCAAAGUGGCUAACGAAGAGGAAAUUUCCUACUAUUAAUAACAGUUGAAUUUGGAGCUUGCCACUGUGCCAAGUUGCCAGUUAUUGCCAUACACAGUGCCUCUUGCCGCAGACUGGUGACAGUCGGCCACAUGGGCAGAGUUAGUGCAGCUACAACGGUGUUAAGAUGUCCACCGACAACCCCCCUGCUAGUGUUGCAGAUGGCGGUGUCACGGACACUGGUCACGGUCACAGUGACUUGAUUGGCAAUACUAUGCUGUCCACUUGGGACGUGGUCACUGUCAUCAUCUACUUCGUCCUCGUCAUGGGAACAGGCAUAUUCUCAAUGUGUCGCCCGAACCGAGGCACCGUGGCUGGAUACUUCCUGGCUGGGCGGUACAUGUGGUGGCUGCCGGUCGGGGCGUCACUGUUCGCCAGCAACAUCGGCUCGGAGCACUUCAUCGGCCUGGCGGGGUCUGGGGCUGCGGCAGGGAUAGGUGUCGGGGCGUUUGAGUUCAAUGCGAUGGCUCUGCUGCAACUGCUGGGCUGGGUCUUCCUUCCAGUCUUCAUCGCCAGCGGGGCAAACACUCUUCCUGAAUACACUAAAAAGAGGUUCGGGGGACGCAGAAUCCAAACCUAUCUGGCGGUGCUUUCCCUCAUCCUCUACAUCUUCACCAAGAUAUCCGUCAACAUGUACUCGGGCGCCAUCUUCCUACAACAAGCUCUACGUGUGAGCAACUUAUAUUUGUCCAUCUCCUUCCUGCUGGUGAUGACCUCCCUGUGCACCGUGUUCGGGGGUCUGGCAGCCGUCAUCUAUACUGACACCCUGCAAUUCUUCAUUAUGAUUGGGGGUUCACUUUAUGUUAUGGUCAAGAGCUUCCAUGAGGUUGGAGGCUAUACAGGUCUGCAAACAAAGUACCUGGCAGCCAUUCCAAGCACUCUGAUGCCAAACUCAACAUGUGGCCUGCCCAGAGUGGACUCUUGGAGGAUGUUGAGGGAUGCUGACCCCAGUGUGAGUGACAUGCCUUGGCCAGCCUUCCUGAUGGGGCAGAUGCCGGCCUCUAUUUGGUAUUGGUGUGCAGACCAGGUGAUGGUGCAACGAGUGAUGGCUGCUCGUAGCCUUUCACAUGCCAAGGGUGGCACUUUAAUGGCUGGGUAUGCCAAAAUGUUGCCACUUUUUAUUAUAAUUUUUCCUGGGAUGAUUUCUCGAGUCCUCUUCCCCAAUGAGGUUGGCUGCGUCGACCCUGAAGAGUGUUACAAGUUUUGCGGCUCUCGGGUGUCCUGCUCUAAUUCUGCUUAUCCAAAACUGGUCCUGGAAUAUCUACCAAGUGGGAUGCGUGGCAUUAUGCUUUCUGUCAUGCUGUCAGCCCUCAUGAGUGAUUUAACUUCAAUUUUUAAUUCUGCCUCAACACUCUUUACAAUGGACAUCUGGUCUCAGUUUCGACCCAGGGCCAAGGGCCGGGAGCAGCUUAUGACGGGACGGUGUUUCAUCAUAAUCUUGGUUGUGUUUUCCAUCUUGUGGAUUCCUAUCAUUGAGAGAACACAGGGAGGCCAGCUGUACAUCUAUAUACAAGCCAUUGCAGCCUAUCUGGCACCUCCUAUUGCUGCCAUGUACUGUUUGGCCAUCACAUGGAAAAGAAUGAACGAAUCUGGAGCUUUCUGGGGUCUGAUGGCUGGCUUUGUGACUGGAAUGGCUCGCAUGGUUGUUGACUUCUACUAUGAUGAGCCAGCAUGCUAUGAGGAGGACGACAGGCCAGUGUUCCUCCAAAAGUUCCAUUACAUGUAUUUUGCAACAUUCCUCUUCUGGGUGACGAUCACUGUGGUGGUGGUUGUGACCUUGGUGACUCCACCAGAUGAGGACUGGAGGCUCAUCAGAACCACCUUCUUCACACGUCUGGACCGGCAUGAACGUAAGGAUGAUGUGGAGCUUCUAAACAGGGCACGGGCUGAGCUGCUCCUCAGCUCCCCAAAUACACCAGAAAACAAGUAUAUUGAGCAUGGCUGCCAGGAACCAGAGCACAAAAUCCCCUGGUAUCGAAGGUUCUACAAUUGGCUGCUUGGGUUUGAUGAUUCUGAUAAAGCUCAGCAACAAAUCGUGGAAAUGAACGAACACAUUGCCCAACUCACCAACCUUCAACAAGAAAAGUGGGAGAAUUAUCUUCUGAAUAUUAUGUUGGUAGUGAUCCUGCUGGUGAUGAUGGGUCUGUACAUAUACUUCUCCAUCAACCCCUUCACUCAAGAGCAAGUUCAUGACAUCCAACGGGAAAAACUCCACAAAUUAGGUUACAAUAAUAUCUUAUAAGCCUGAAUAUAAUUACUUUGAAAUUUUGUAUGCCACAGAGAAUAAUCAGAUGUAAAAUCUCAACUUUUACCUAACAGUUCAGUACUGAUGGUCAUGACGGCCAGUGCAGUACCAAAAUAUGUAGUUCUCUUUUAGUUACUGUAGCCCCAGGAGUUACAAACUAGUGUCAUUUAGAAGGCUAGCCAAUGGUCUUUGUACAUAUACUUUUCCUGCACUGGUUCAUUAUUUCUUGAGAUUUAAAUCUGAAGGGCAGGUGGACUGGUGGGUGACGGACAUGAAGUGUGUACUGGUGUCAGGAGCCAUUUCUUAUUUUUUUGAAGCUGAUAGAUUUUAAACCAUGAUAUAAAUUACUUACUCCUGUUCACCAUACCAGAACACAGACAACACUUGGCACUGCUGAACAGAAAUUCACCAAGCAUGAGCUGAUGAAUUGCUGUUAUCAUCUAUACACAGUGAAUACCUCGUCCAGCUUUUGUCCAUUCCUUCAUUUUCAUAUAUCUGUCACAAUCACCCCAUAAUGUUUAUCAUAUUCUGAAGGAAUGGUGUCCUGUGGAACCCUAUCAUGGCCAUCUCUUGGGAGUUUAUAGAAGAAGGAAAUAGUGGAAAAGGAAUAUAUAUUUAGCCUAUUUUGCUCAAAAUGAUGUGACUAAUUUUUUACACUAACUUAAGGAAAUUCAGACACAAAUGUCAAUUUGAAGCCCCAAAUGAAAAAUAGCAGUAAACAUUAACUAAAAUGGUUUUGAAGUAUGCAUGUAAAAUCUCUUGGGAUAUAACAAGAUUCAAAAUUAUGUGGAAAAAAGAAAAAAAGUGUUAGUGGAGAAGAGCAUAAAGGACUGUAGAAUACCCAUGUCUAAGCCUGGAUAACUGAACAAGACUUCUUAUCAAAAAUGUCAUAGGUAGAUCUAAAAAAUGUUAAUCAGUUACAGUAUUGACUGAUUUUGUGUUUCACCAACUUUAAAAUUAAUAAGAUAUAUUUUUCUAUCUGUAUUUUUAUAUAGCAAAUUUAACUAAAGAGCACUUAAAGAGAGAACUUGUGUCAUUGCUUCAUAGUUGGUAUGCUGUGUGGACUUGGCACAGUGAAAAUGACAAAUAUUAUCUGAUGUGCUGGGGAAUGCACAUCAAUCUUCCCUGAGGAAUGCUGCUGUGUGAUUGUCACCAUGAUGAAUGAUAACUUGUGCAUAUAAUAAAAGCUUUAUGUGGUUAUUAUAAGUAGAAUGAAUCAUUCAGCUUUGUUUUUGACUAUUGUGAAGCUAGAGGUGAACACAACUAAUGCAUUUCCUAUUGUAAGGGAGCAGUAGUGCCAGAAGACUACCUUGAUAAUAGUUGAAAGAUGAUUUACAGCUUCUUAUGUGCCUAUGUUGUGAUAUACAGGAAAAGAGCCACACUGAGGCUUGUGGUGUCCUAUCUCUGUCCCUUUUAGCAUCCUACUUAUAUGUUGAUAUGUGCACUUUUGUUACCUUCACUCAUUUUUGUGAAUGCUGUGACAUUAGUAAAUGGUGCACCUGGAGUAGAUAAGUGUACAUGAAAAAUGGUUUUUACAGAUAUAAAAUUUAUGAACAUGUAAA